CCUGUUCCCAGCGCUCGGCGACCCGUUCUCCGCCAGCCCCUUCCCUCCUGCGCCCCAGUCUCGCGGUCCGGGAGGCGGGGGUCGGCGAACCCGCUGAGUGGGAGCCGCGCAGUGUCCGAGGAGCCAGUCGGCGACCGGGCACAGCACAUCCUGCUCCAGAUACCAGAAGAGAACACCCUACACUGGCCACUCCUGCCCAAUGCGGAGGGGAGCAGAAGCUCCAGAGCCCACCCCUGCAGCAACUAUACCUAAUCUCCAGUGUCCCACUGAACUGAGCUGGGGACAGAUCCAUGGGCCUUGAGGGAAGCAGUGAUGAGGCCCGCCAGGAUUUGAGAAAACUGAAAACAACCCGCAGCUCAAGGAGGUGGACCACGGAGCAUGAGUGGCACGCUUCCCUGCUGGUCUGGCUCCCAGUCUGCACCCUGAGGGCGCUCUGACUGGGCUGCCACUAUGUUUGCUGCAUCAGAGGUGGCGGCUGCGGAUAAGCCUUACGUGUGCAGUGAGUGCGGCAAGAGUUUCCGCUACAGUACGGUGCUGUUGCGGCACGAGCGUGCCCAUGGCGGAGACAGCCGCUUCCGUUGCCUAGACUGCGGGGAACGCUGCGCACAGGCCGCCGACCUCCGAGCGCACCAACGCGCCCAUACCGGCCAGACGCUCUACAUCUGCAGUGACUGCGGCCAGAGCUUCCGCCACAGUGGCCGCCUCGACCUGCACCAGAGCACGCACAGGCGGCAAAGCCGCUCCUGCCCCUGCCGUGCUUGCGGCCGCCGCUUCCCACACCUCCCAGCUCUAAUGCUGCACCGGCGCCGCCGGCACCCACCUGAGCGGCCCAGCCGCUGUCCGCUGUGCUCCCGCACCUUCCGCCAGAGUGCGCUGUGCUUCCACCAGGCGAGGGCGCACCCGUGGGGGACACCUGCCCCGGCAGCCGACUUGCUCCACCGCUGUGCACAGUGCCCACGGGCGUUUCGCAGCAGCACCGGGCUGCGGUGCCAUGAGCGCGUCCAUGCGGCCCAGAGCCAUGGCAGCUCCACACCCCGGCAGCCAUGCGCUCCAGCCACACACCAGUGUGGCGUGUGUGGCAAGAGCUUCUCUAAGAGCUCCACGCUAACGCGACACUUGCAGACGCACUCAGGUGAGAAACCCUUCAAAUGCCCCGAGUGCGGCAAGGGCUUCUCAGAGAGCGCCACGCUGGGGCGCCAUCAGCGCACACACACGGGUGAGAAGCCCUACGCGUGCCCCGACUGUGGGCGCUGCUUCAGCGAGAGCUCCACGCUGCUGCGCCACAGGCGCAGCCACCAGGGUGAGCGGCCGCAUGCAUGCUCCACCUGCGGCAAGGGCUUUGGACAGCGCUCCGACCUGGUGGUGCACCAGCGCAUCCACACGGGUGAGAGGCCUUUCCCAUGUCCUGAGUGCAACCACCGCUUCAGUGACCGCUCAGACCUCACCAAGCACCGGCGCACGCACACGGGCGAGAAGCCCUACCGCUGCGAGUUGUGCGGAAAACUCUUCACGUGCGUGUCCAACCUCAAUGUGCACCGGCGCAACCACGCCGGCCACAAGCCCCACAAGUGCCCCGAGUGUGGCAAGGCCUUCAGCGUGGGCUCGAAGCUGGAGCUGCACCGCAAGACGCACCUGGGCGAGCGGCCAGCAGAAUGUGCCGAGUGUGGCAAAUGCUUCAGCCACAGCCGCUCACUGUCACAGCACCAGCGGGCCCACACGCGUGCUCGCGCUGCCGCCGCCACCCAAGCCCCACUGGGAGCUGCCCUCAUCUUUGCUGGGCAGGCAGGACAGGAAAAGCUAGAAGUUUCUCUGUCCCGGUUGAGGGAGACUUGCUGAGAGACUCCUCUGGAGUGUGCUAGGCAAGCAUCAAUACACUGCCACAGGGAUGGUGGGGCAACUCACAGAUGGACGUUGUGGGACGUCGUGGAAGGGCAGCACCGCCUGUCCCCUUUCCCUAUCUCUGUUGGUGGCCUUUCACCUGGCCUCCUGCCACACCCCUACAGCGACUUCCCUUGUCAGCUCUUUUCCUGUCCUCAGCCCUUCUGCCCUCUGCGGUGUAGCUGCAGGGAGGGGAAAACCUCCCAGACCCCAGCAUGGAAGAGAGCCCAGAUGCUGGUGUGGUCCUCCACUGCUGUUGUGCUCUCAGGGGUUUCUUGUUUUCUCAUCUGUGUUGUCUUCUCCUGUCCCAUCUCCUUUUUCUAGUCUGAGUCUCCUCCCUCUCUCCUUCCCGGGGGCUUUUGCUAUUGUGCCUCUUCAGGUAAUGAUCACACAUGUGGUCACACACACCCUACCUGCCCUGUGGUCUUGCCUCUUGGUUCUACUUGACUGUUGGUCUCUCUGCUGCUUUCCUCCUGGGCUUCUGAGAGAUGGUGGGAGAGCUCACUUCAAUGAAGGACAUUUACACGCCAGAAGGACCUAGCCUACUGCCUGGCAGAGAUGGCCCACCCACAUCAAGGUGGGCGGGACACCUCAGCAUGGCUGCCUGCCUAUCCCAUAGGCCAGACCUGAUGGUGUCCAGAUCCAGGUGCCUCUCAGGACAGAGUUCUCCUGAGAGGCACCACCAGAGGUGGGUGGCAUUAGCUCUGGAACCUGGGCCAAGACCACAUGGGUCCACAAAGCCAGGCACUGCCAAUUUUAGCAUCAGAAUGUUAUUUCUAAAUCAAGCCUGGAGCCAUGGGGAAACUGAGCUCCACAGAGGUAACAGUGCAGGGUGGAAAAUCUCCUGGAAUUGGCCAGAGAUUUUUUGCUUAUGGCUGGUGAAAUAAAGAGUUGCUUAUUUGGGUUCUGGAUCCCCAGAGCCCCCCUUUGUCAAA